UGGCAAAACUGAAAGUGUUUACAUGUUUUUUACGUUUUUCACAACGUUCACAACAUUUAUUGACAUAACCAUAAGCAAAAAUUAAAAAUUGUCAUUGUUAUGAUUGAUUUUAAAUAUUUACUCAUUAUUGUUAACUAUUUUAGUUAAUUAAGUAAUAAUGAAUAAUUUUUUUAAGAAAACGCUGGUGACUGGACGUGCGUUGUCAUAUAGAUUAUUAAAUAGCUGCCAAAGUAUCAAAGCUACGGAUAAUAACUAUCGCAAACUUUAUUAUUAUAAUUGUUUAUCAAAUUUACUGGUUAAACAAAAUAAAUAUGUAGAUUUUCAUAAAAGGUCGAUGUUUAUACAAACUCAAGACACGCCGAAUCCUAACAGCUUGAAAUUUAUCCCAGGUGUUGAUAUUUUGGGAGCUGGACAAACUAAAGAUUUUCGUAAUGCUGCAGAGAGCUAUUGUUCUCCAUUAGCAAAAAUGUUGUUUCGUAUUAAUGGAGUUAAAUCGGUUUUUUAUGGCCCCGAUUUUAUUACUGUCACUAAAAUUGACGAAGAUGUUGACUGGAAUAUUUUAAAACCCGAAAUUUUUGCUACCAUCAUGGAUUUUUUUACUGCAGGUCUUCCGAUACUUAACGAAGAACAACCUUCUUCCGAUACACAAAUCAAUGAAGAUGAUAAUGAAAUUGUACAGAUGAUAAAAGAACUUCUUGACACAAGAAUUCGGCCAACAGUUCAAGAAGAUGGUGGUGACAUUGUUUUUGUGGGUUUUGAGAAUGGAAUAGUUAAAUUAAAAAUGCAGGGAUCAUGUACAAGUUGUCCUAGCUCAGUAGUAACUUUAAAAAAUGGUGUACAGAAUAUGAUGCAAUUUUAUAUCCCAGAAGUACUUGGCGUUGAACAAAUAGAAGACGAAGUGGAAAAAGUAGCAAAAGCGGAAUUCGAAAAAUUUGAAUCUAAGAUAAAUAAUAAAAAAACUGACAAAUGAAUAAAAAAUAACUCAUAUACUCUAAAUUUAAAUAAGCUUAACGUAAAAAAUAUUAAAUUAUAAAUAAAUUGUAACAUAUAAAAAAGUU